AUGUUGACGAUUGCCUCGUCGCUCUUCACGGUCUUUCUUCUUGUUGAUUUCUCAAGUGCUGCUCCUACCGAGAAAAAGAGUAUUUGGACUAUCUCCAUCUUCCGUGAUCCAGCUCCUUCGCCCGAAGAAGGUCCUCCCGCCUCUGCCAACGCUCUACGUGACUCAAGCAAGCUAAAGUACGAGAUCGUCGGCAUCGUUUGCGCCUACCUCUUCUGGCUGACCCUCACUGCCAUCGGCCUUGUCAUAGUUGGAGCUAGGUACAGGAGAAGGCAACAGCAGUCUGACCGCACACUCAAGAUGGAGUCAAUCAUGAAGCCAACUGGCAGAGUGACAUUGAGAGAAAUAGAGGCUGGACCGAAAAGUCCGCUUGGUCCUUUGAGUCCCAAGAGUCCCGGUAAAAUGAUGAGCAUCAAGUCGUGGGCAAGGAGCCAUAGGGGUCAGCCGUCUGAAGUCAGUCUCUCCACGCUGAAUUCACGAAUCGAUGAUAGAGUGGUGGAGGCCGAUAGGGCCAGAAACAUGGAUGAUAUGGCCAAACUCUACGCCGCUGUCAUGGUACACGAUCAAGAGAGGAAAUCCAACAGAGGACACAGCAGUUCCGACUCUUCCCCUGUCCUAGAAGACAAUUUACCUCCAACUCCACGAACACCAAGGACCCCUCGAUCUCCUAGGUCACCUCAAUAUCCACCUCAGAUGGCACAUCCAGCAUAUAUCCCACCUGUACCAGAAGUCUACCCUCAAGAAUACUACGAGCCAAUGCCUCAUCCGCCGAUCGCAGAGUCGGAUGAGUCCUCGUUGCUCGACAAUCCCACCCAGAAGUCCAAAGCCAUGUCGAUAACAUCAAUGACAUCUCGCAUCGGCUCCUCUCACUCGAACAAGAAAGAAAGGUCUAGACCAAGUGCAAUCACUGUCGGUGGUCGGGUGAUUUCCAAGCCUCUUGGUUCUGCAGAUCUAAGACAAUCGGCUUGGAAUGGUUCUCAAGCCUCCUUGCAGCCAAGUGUUUACAGCCCUGGCCCACCUCCACCAACACCUGGCCGAGCUCAGAAGGUCGAAGAGAUCGAAAUGCACGGUCGUGCUCAACCCACUGGCAUUACAAGCGCCGACACGGUCAAUACCGUUAACUCGAAUGCAAAAGUUCUCCCUUUCCGGCAGUUUUACGGCGAGUCGAUGAAGAGCGCGCCACCAACAAAAACGACCUUUGUGGACAGGAGGCAAAGUGUCAUGAACGGACCGAAGACAGGCGUGCCAAAGACACCAUAUUCGCCAUAUUGCCCUUCUACCCCUAUGACGCCAAUCACACCAAGAAGGCUGCUGAACAAGCAAGAGAUCAAGCAGAACAAGAAGCAGUAUUCGCUAAAGGUGGUUGCUGAGAACGACAUGGUAAAAGGUAACGAGGAUAUGUGGGGGACGUAG